GAAAAACAAAGAAAUUAUUAAAUAAACCCCCAAACAAAUAAUGUCCAAUCAAGAUCCUGUCGAGUUAAUGUUACAAAAAACCGGUUGCAUAAAUCUACACUAUAAAGUACAAGAGUGUAUUGCUGAGACCGGUGAUUGGCGCCGUUGUCAAGAUCGUGUAAAGGAAUUUAAGGCCUGUAUGCAGGAUUAUGUUGAUAAUCAAAGCAAGAAAUAUGCAAAUGUAAAAUAAGAA